AUGGCCGACAACGAGUUGAGUUCUCUAUCGUUCUUCGAUCCCCGGCUUUGCGACUCGCCUUCAGUGUCGCUACCAGGCUUCAUCAUGUACACCUCUCCCAGCAUACUACACUUCAGCCACGGCUGCACGGCAGUCUUCGUCGCAAGGCACCUGGCACAAACUCAGCUGCCCACAGAUCAGCUGUCGUCGGCCGUGGUCGAGGUUACAGCUGCAAAGGUAAGUUUUGGAAAGGACGAACUCACUGUCGCCUCUGUUUACAUCCGUCGCAGCUCAGCGGUUAUGGUGGACCAGAUACCUGACGACUUCCUGCAGCAAGUGCAGUCCUCCCUUCCAGGCCCUCUGCUUCUCUGUGGAGACCUCAACGCGCACCAUCCGCUCUGGGGUUCCUGCGACGCUGACCGCCGUGGCCGACGCCUAGUGCAGUCCCUGGAGGACUGCAGCCUGCUCGUCGCUAACACAGGUGAGAUAACCUUUUACAGGCCACCAGUAUCCAGUGCUAUCGACGUCACCCUGCACACCCUGGACGUUCCUGCACACUGGGAAGUUGGAAUGGACAGCUGGGGCAGCGACCACUUCCCGAUCGACGUGACCCUGGCCUACAAGCACCGGGCCCCGAAGCGCCGGACCACCAUCGUCGUGUGGGACUCCUUCCGAGCCUGCCUGGACGGAACUCCAGCCUCCCAGGACAUCUGCGAAAACAUCAGGACAGUCCUGGCCGCCGCAACCAAGUCCGGGACAGCGCCAGCAACCGGCCCUAAACCUGACCUGAAGUAUUUCCGCCUGUGUGCUAUACGCGGGCACGCUGCAGCGCUCCCAAUGGAAGCAGUUCUCAGCAUACCUGACCAGCAGCACAUCGGCCCGGAAACUCUGGUCUGUCGUCAACGCCCUGGGGGGGAGGAGGAAGGCGAACCCCUUCAGCUCUAUGGCUCUAGCCAAAGGGGCGUCCUGGAGGAGCUGGUAGAGGACUUCGCCGACCUGUUCGGCGCAGGGAGGGACGUCCCCUCCACGGCGGCGCCUCCGGCAUCCCCCACGGACCUGGACCACCCCUUCACGUCUGGAGAACUGCGCUUCGCCCUGGACCACCUGAAAGCAAAGUCAGCCCCUGGGAUGGAUGGACUCACCUACCAGUGCCUGCAGAACCUACCGGACAAGACAACCUCACGGCUCCUGGACUCCAUCAACCAGUGCUGGGACCAGGCAAUGCCACCACCAUCCUGGAAAGAGAGCCUCAUCGUGCCGAUAUUGAAGCAAGGGAAGCCCCCGGGCGAACUGAGCUCCUAUCGGCCGAUAUCGCUCACAUCAUGUUUUCGACGCAACCUUUGCUGCCAGGACUCUGUGCUGGACCUGGUCUCGGACGUGGACGCCGCCGCCCAACGCAAGCGCCGAAUGGCAGUGGUGUUCUUCGACAUCAAGGCCGCCUUCGACAGCGUCCCCAUCAACACCGUCAUGGACUCCCUCGUCGACCCUGGAAUCGGAGGCAAGGCAGCUGCUUUCAUUCGCGCUCUACUUUCCGACCGCUCUUUCAGGGUCCGACUGGGAUCGACGCUGAGCUCCCCACGUCGCCAGAACCUCGGUCUACCUCAAGGCAGUAUCCUGAGCCCCCUGCUCUUCAAUCUCGUCAUGGCUGGACUCCCCAAGGCCCUACCAGCAACAACACCUCCCCUGCAACUCUCCAUCUACGCGGACGACAUCUGCCUGUGGACCAAUGGCAAGGGCCCCUGGAAAGUGAAAAAGACCAUCCAGGAGGGCGUGGAUGCUACGACCGAGUACAUCCGUGGCCUCGGAUUCACCCCGUCAGCCGAAAAGACCAGGGUCAUGCUGCUUGGUUCCACUGCAAACUGGUCUUCCUGGGCGCCACUCGUCAAGGACCUCCAGACCAGAUGCAAGACAACCCUGAACGUGACCAAGCGACUCAGCGGACGGCACUCCGGCUGCCCUCAGAGGACCCUCCUGACCAUCCACAACGCCACCAGAGCCGCACGGAUGCUGUUCGGACUCCCCUACGCCAAGCCCAACAGAACAGCGCUGGAAUCCCUGGAACUGCUCCACCGUCGCGGACUGAAGCUGGCUCUAGGACUCCCACCUGGGGCGCGGAACGUCGCCGUGUACGCCGAGGCUACCACUCUCCCGCUCCAACUUCGAGCCACCCAACACCUGCUGAACCAGCUCACCAGACUUAACAGGACAGCAACCGGAAGGGCGCUACUGCAGCGUCUAAGGGACCGACAACGGAGCCGUUUUUCAUGUACACUUUUCACGCAGGACCAGCUGUUCCAGCCCAUCCCACCAGUCCCCAGCCCUGAUGCUCCAUGGAGGCACCUCGGGACCGCCAUCCACACAACACUGCCAGGCCUGCCACGGAAAAAGGACGUACCGGAUGCGGUGGCACAGUUCCUGGCCGCCGAGCGCCUUCAUGAGAGCUACCAGGACUACCUGUACACGGACGCCUCAGUCGACCCUGGACGACGCGCCUGCGCCCUGGCCUGCCACAUCCCAUCAACACAGUUCUCCUGGGCAGAAGGAUUGUCCGGAUCCCUCUCCUCCACGGAAGCAGAACUCCUGGCGAUCACGGAAGCCCUGGACAUCAUCGCCAAGACGAGCGCCACCAAAGCGGUUAUCCUCACGGACUCCCGCGGGGCUCUGUCGAAGCUGAACAACAGUUAUGAACACUGCCCUCUCUCUUUCAGAGCACACCAGAAGCUGCAGCUCUUCCUGGCAUCCGGUCACCGCAUCGCGCUGCAGUGGAUCCCAUCCCACAAAGGCAUCCCCGGCAACGAGAUUGCGGACUCCCUGAGCAAGCAAGCCACCACCAAGAACCUGGUCCGCCAGGCACCAUCUACCACCAGCCAGGCCAAGAAGAGCAUCGCCGUCCACGUGCGCAGCUUCCACCCGGACAAGCCCACCGCGGAAGGGACAGCACCCCCACCCUGCAUCACAGCCGGCCUAACCAGGGACGAGGCAUCACUGCUGCUCAGGCUCCGUGCGUCGUGUGCCUUCACCCGGGCGUACGGCUUCACGAUCGGCCUGGUCGACGACCCACGCUGCGGAACCUGCGGUGUCCAGGAGAGCCUUGCUCACCUAAUCACCCGCUGCAGAGAUACUGCUUCUCAGAGAGAUCUUCUUUUUCAGAACCUGUCCAACGCCGGCAUCACCGACCACAGCCUGGUUACCCUGGUCUACCCCAUGGGCCCACGACACCAUCGCCGACGUAUCCAGAGGGAGCUGCUGCAGUUCCUGAGCUCUACCGGCCUGGACACCCGCCUGUAG